UGAGGGUGGGCGCAGUUCAUUAUUAUUUUGUCUUGUUUCCGAAACAGGAGUUUUUAAUUAUUGAGGUUAGAGAACAAUUAGAAAUGGAAGAAGGUUUUUUUAUAAGAAAAUUUGAUUUAAGCAGUUGUGGUAAAUCUUUAACAUUAUGCCAAAAAGAAGUAGGAGAUGUUAGUUGUGUCGUAUGGGAUUCAGCAUUAGUAUUAGCGAAAUAUCUGGAUGCCAAAUGCAAUAAAAUGCAAGACUGGCUUAGAGGUCGAUCAGUCGUAGAACUUGGUGCUGGCUUGGGCUGUGUGGGUCUAACAGCAGCAUGCUUUGGUGCAUGUGUAACGAUGACAGACCUUUUUGAGGCUAUGCCACUCCUUCAGAAAAACAUUGAUGCAAAUCAAGUUGUAUGGGAAUCUUGUGGGGGCAAAGCUUGCACCCAGGUUCUACAGUGGGGCUCAGAUAUUCAGGAUUGGAAGACACCAGAUGUACUACUCCUGGCCGAUUGUGUAUACUACAUGGAGUCUGUGGAGCCAUUAGUGAAGACUCUUUGUUGUCUGACAGAUGUCAGCACUGAAGUGUUUAUUAGCCAGGAGGAGCGAGACACAGAGAAGCAACGUAUCAUAUGGAAGGUUUUUCAAGAGAAAUUAGAGAGCCAUUUUGAAGUGACAAAGAUCCCAGAACAGGAGCAGCACCCAGACUUCUGUAGCCCAGAUAUUGUUGUUCUCAGAGCAAUGAAGAGAUCUCUAGCAAACUGAGGUCUAUAUCAUGUACUGGUGUCAUGCAGUAAUUGUAUGAUCAAUAGAAGCAAAUAAAUAUCGUAUUUAAUCCUU